AUGUACCUGAGCCCCGAGCGGUUCAAGCCCGACACCCGCGAGGACGUCGCCGAUGUCUGGGGCUUUGGCGUCACAAUCCUGGAGCUCUUCUUGGGACGGUGCUCUUUUCUAGCCCCAGGUGGGUUGCCGUUCGAGAAGCUGAGGCUCGCGAUCUACGACAGGGAGCCACCGUUAGUGCUCGAGAGCCCGACGGCGGCGGCGGAGCUGCUUGGGUUCGUCAUCACGUGCCUGCAGAAGGACUUGAGGCGCUUUACGCUGUUCUCAAGCAUGGCGAGUACGCCAAGGUCCUCCUUGCCGCCGGAGAGCACGAGCAUCGACUAG